AGUCCAGGUGGGGGAUACCCAAGUGGGCUCUAAACUUACAAUACGAUGUGACUGGCAAUUGCUCCACCAAGUCUCAUCAGAGCUAGACACGAUUCCAAGCAGAGAACACCUAAAGUGAUCGGCUCCAUAAAAAAGUGCAUUUAGCGACACUUUGAAAAAAAAUCGCGAGUGAUAAAUUAGUGCUGUGCGCAAAAAUCCUUAAUCUGUCCAAAAAAAAAUUUUGCUUUUGGUUGAUAGGAAGUCUAGAGAAAAGCCUUGUGGGAAGUCGUAUAGUGCGCAUCAUAAAUAAUUAUUACUUCAUUAUACUGUGAUAAUAUUUUCUCAGCAAAUUCACAUUUUUAAGUCCAAAGCAAGCAUUGAAAGUCUUUGAAAAAUGUUGAGGCUCAUUCCAGUGAUGAUCUUCAUCUUGGCAGCUUUUGCCCAGACAGCAGAGAAUCCACCUUACAUCAAACAAUGUAGCCGCUCUGAUCCCAAAUUGCUGGACUGCCUCCGAGAUGCACUUCACCAUUUGCGGCCCUAUUUGGCAACCGGCAUACCAGAAAUUGAGAUGCCAUCAGUGGAGCCCUUCGUCAUGGACAAUUUGGCGCUCCAACUAACCGGAGGACCACAGGGUUACCGAGUCAACCUCAAAAACAUGGAAGUUUUCGGCGCAAGCAAUUUCACCGUUAAAUCCAUCAAGUUGAGCGAGAACAAUAAGCCAUUCGAGGCAAGAAUUGCGAUGCCCAAAUUAGUCAUCAAGGCGAAAUACUUCAGUUCCGGGGUGCUCAUCAUUAUUCCUGCCAGUGGAAGUGGUGACUUUGCUGGGGCUUUCGAUGGCGUUGUUGCUGAUGUUCGUGGAACCGUGUCUACCGAUCCACGUACUGAAGGUACCUUUAUCCACGUAGAAACGCUAGCUCUAGAACUUACCAUCAAGAAGGUGCGAUUGAGUGUAUCCAAAGUCUUCCAGAACAACAGAAUAUUGACUGAGGCAACAAACUUAUUCCUAAGAGAGAAUGGACAUGAAGUGGUGAAGGCAAUGCAGCCACAAUUGCAGAAAAAGCUCUCGAUUGAAUUCAUGCGCAUAGCUAAUCAACUACUUAAGCAUGUGCCCGUAGAACAGUUCCUUCCAUAUUACCUUCAGCAGUGUAGUCGAGAUGAUCCGGAAAUCAAUUCCUGCCUGAUAGAAUCAGCUAAUAAAUUUGCAAGACACCUGAGAGACGGUGUUCCCGAGUUAGAAUUGGAGGAGGUAGAGCCCGUUAUCGUGGAUGAAAUCAGUAUUGUUCUCGGAAAUGGUCCAGAGGGCUAUCGGGCCAUUUUCCGAGACAUCGAGGCUUUUGGUGUGAGCAAUUUAACAGUGACCAAUAUUCGCUCCGACGUCGACACCUUGCAGUUUCAACUGACUCUGGAGAUACCCAAGAUUAAGGUCCGUGCCCAAUACAGAUCAUCUGGUGUUCUUAUUCUUGUACAAGCCUCUGGAGCUGGCGACUAUUGGGGUCAAUAUGAGGCAGCUCUCAAUCUCUUCAUCAACUCCAACAGUCAGGAACUUCUGAAGGAAAUGAAACCAGCACUGAGAGCAAAACUCACCACUGUUCUUCAUAAUUUCAUGGAUAAGCUAUUUGAACGAAUUCCCCUAGAAUAUUGGAUAGUAUUCGAGAUGCGAACUAUAUGCCUUGUUGUUUUUGCGUAUCUACAAUUAGUGGUUGCUAUUGAGGAAGUCCCUGAAUACCUUCACAUUUGUCAGCAGUCUGAUCCAGAUCUCGAACAAUGCAUGAUUAAAAGCAUAGAACAGCUUCGUCCAAAGCUCGCUGUGGGAAUUCCUGAACUCGAUAUACCGCGGCUUGAGCCAAUUGAUCUGGGGGAUCUUCUUGUUGCCGGAAGUAACACGCCGAACGGUCUAACGAUUACUGCCAAAGAUAUUCAAUCGUACGGCGCAUCGGAUUUUCAGAUUAAGAAAAUCGAAGUUGUUGAAUAUGGUCAGCACUACAAGUUACAACUCUACCUUCCUCAUCUGUACACAAAGGGAAGAUAUUCAAUUGAUGGACGUGUUUUGCUGCUUCCCAUUAAGGGUGCUGGAAAAUUCACAGGAAAUUUCACGAGGUGUACAGCAGAUGUUACGAUGAUCCUUGAGCCAGCUGAAAUUAGCGGAAAUGACCACAUCAUCCUGAAGAAAUUACAAAUUAAGAUUAAAGUUGGUCGUGGUUCAAUGUAUCUGGAUAAUCUAUUUGGCGGUGAUAAGACUCUGGGGGACAUUGUCAAUGAUACAAUCAAUCAGAACUUUGAAGUUGUAAGCAAGGAUAUCAUUCCUUUAAUCGAGAAAGCACUUGAGCGUCACUUCAAGAAGACAUCAAAUAAGAUUCUCAGUAGAUAUACAAGAAGUCAAUUGUUUCCUUAAUAAGUCAACACUGGAGGCAGAAAUAUAAAUAAAAAUUGUAAAUAUAUUUAA